AUGCUGUCGAUCAAGUCCUCUGUUGUCCUGCUCCUUGCCCUCGCCGGAGCUGCCUCGGCUGCUCCCAAGCGCAAGACCACUACACACAAGCCCCAUAAGCCCCACAAGCCCGUCGUUGCUCCCACCAAGCCUGCCAUUCGCCAGAAGGGUAUCCACUACAAGGACGGCAUCUUCCCUGCUCCCAAGGUCGAGGAGAUUGCCGCUGCCUCGUCCAACGGCCUGACCUACUACGGCGGCCCGGUCAUCGCCAACAUCGACGUCCAUCCCAUCUACUACGGCGGCAACGUCAACUACCAGAACGAGAUGGAUACCUUCUACGGUGCCAUCGUUGGCUCUCCCUACAUCAGCUGGCUCUCCGAGUACAACACCCCCACCCAGAACAUCGGCACCGGUACCUUCUCGGGCUCGAUCACCCAGAACUCUGGCCUCAGCACCUCCACCACCGAUGACAACAUCAAGACCUGGCUCCGCGGCCUUGUCCAGAGCGGUACCCUCAAGCCCACCACCAACACCUACUACCCCAUCCACUUUGCCCCUGGAUACACCAUCACCAUGGGCGGCGAUGCCUCUUGCUCCACUUUCUGCGCCUACCACAGCACCAUCGAUGUCUCCGACAUCAGCUCGACCAAGUACCUCUACUACGGCAUCAUGCCCGACCAGGGUGGUUCCUGCGCUGGCGGCUGUGGCAGCGAUCCCUCGACCCUCAACAACCUCCAGUCCGUCUCGUCCCACGAGCUCGUCGAGGCUCUGACCGAUGCCGCUGUCGGUGUCGCCACCGGCAGUACCAUCGCUGCUCCCAUCGCCUGGUACAAUGAGGCCAACGGCGAGAUCGGUGAUCUCUGCAAUGCCCAGCAGGCCACCGUCUACGGCACCGAUGGCAAGAGCUAUGUCGUCCAGAAGCAAUGGUCCAACUCCCACAACGGCUGCUAUGCGCCCACUGGUGUCCAGCCCUCCAAGACUACCGGCGGUCCUUCCAAGACCACCAAAACCACCACCACUACAACCACCACCGUCCCUGUGGCCACCACCACCGUUCCCGUUGUCACCACAACCGCUCCCGUUGUCACCACUACCGGUCCUGGUCCUAUUGUCACCACUACCGGUCCUGGUCCCGUCGCCACUACCACGGAUCCCGCUCCCUUCCCCACCACCACUCCUGACUGGGGCAGCCAGCCCAGCAGCGGCAGCUCUUGCUCGGGCGGCCCCAAGUUCUCGUGCGGUAACCAAAACGACAUUCUUCACUGCUUCCACGGCAAAUGGGUUCAGCUGGAGGUCUGCUCGGCUGACACGAGCUGCAUCGACGACUUUUACUACUGCGCCUGAGCUUGCCCGAAAUCCAGGUUCGCCCUAUCAAUGUCUGUCUCUCCCCCCUUGCCCACCUAUGUGGUUCCUUGAAAUCGGUUCUAUACUUGAC